GAGAAGAAAGAGAGGACGAAGGUUCGGUCUUCGAAAGUGGUCGCAUGUCGUUCCAGUCGGGAUCGUCGAGCUAGUCCGAUUUCGAAUCGUAUGGCCUUACUUAGGACCCCUAAAGCAAGCGUCAUUCGUCGAAUUUCCCCCGUGUUACCCCGCUCACUAUAACCCCCACCCUCAUUGUUUUCUCUUUGGACAAACCCCGUACUUCUGUCAAUGUACCUUGACCGAGGAUGAUGAAGGCGCAGCAUUCUGGGCAUUAGUGGCUACUGGGCUGAAUUUCCAAGACUUCUUCCUCCUAGCUUGUUCAUUCAAUUUCGCGCAAAUGGUGCCUUCACGAAUUCGAUCUGCUGUAACACCAACAUCUAUCCCCUCUUCCCUGUCCUACUCGCAGCAUUCAUUUGCGCCGCUAUUCUUCUAAAUGAUGACAACGGAGACGCUAACCGAGUCACCUCGUUCGCAAAGGUUCGAGUCGCAUGUAGCAUUCGACAAUAUACCUCUCGGCGAGUCAACCGAGUACAAUCCGAUCUCGUUCACUCUUAAUCAUCGACAUGCUGGGUUUCAGUUUAGACGACGCCACCGGACAUUCAUGGUCGGCGUAGACGAUAAUUCCUACUCCGACCACGCUUUACAGUGGUUACUAGAUGAGUUAGUCGACGAUGGCGACGAAAUAGUCUGCGUCCGCGUAAUAGAAACGCAGGUCCGUCUUACCGAUAAGGCGUACCAGGAAGAUGCAAGGGCCUUGAUGGAGUCGAUACAGGCGAAAAAUACGCAAAAUCGAGCGAUUGGCCUAGUUUUGGAAUAUGCUGUUGGGAAGCUACAUAACACGUUCCAGCAUCUUAUCAAAAUCUACCAGCCAUCCAUGUUAAUCGUCGGUACGAAGGGUAGGAGCCUCGAUGGUGUACAGGGAUUCCUCGUAAAUCGAAGCUCGUUUUCGAAGUAUUGUUUGCAGUAUUCGCCGGUGCCCGUUGUCGUCGUGCGUCCUAACGAGAAACGCGAGAAAAAGAAAGCUAAGCGCGCGCAUGACCCCUCUAGGCAAAGCUAUGCGCAGAUGUUACUUGGACAACCACACGAGGCCGACAGUGAGAACAGUAGUGUGUACGAGCUGGAACCCAACCUCACCGCAGACGAAGAGGCACACCGGGUGGCGGUUGCCGUAGGAUUGCCAGCAGCAUACGAUCCAACGAUAAAACCUAUCGAUCCCAGUACUCUACUCAAGAACCAUACCCGACGAUCCAUGCUAGAUGUAUCUAAGGAGACUCUUGCGAUAGUGAACAAGGGUGGCCUGCCUGCUGAGAAGAAGUCUUCUCCAGAUCGCGAGGAUUCAGAUUCGGACUCUGAAGGGGAGUUCGAAGUCACUCCGGGUGAGGAGGCGCUUAGGGAGCGACUUCACAAGAUGGAGUUGAACGAAGGAGCAGCGCUCAGAGCUGAGGCUAGGAAGUUGAGUUCUGGGUCUGCCGAUAGCGACGAAGAUCCGCCGGGAGGAGGGGGUGCCAAGACGUGACGUGACCAUCACACAUUGAGGAACCGAUACCAGAGUACCACACAAGCCGGUCGUCCGCAUGUUCCUAUCUUUUUUCGUUGGUAGUGGUUAACCAAGGGGAAGGAGUUGGAUGGGUGGAUGAUUUAACAGAGUUUUCCCAGCGUUAUUGUCCUCAUUGACGGUUAUAUUGCGAAGUAGCAUUUGCGCAGGAAUCCCUUACAAGAAGAAC